UGUGUGAUUUCCACAUCCGUUAGCCAUAAGUCACACAUUGAAUGAAUGUAUUGAAUGAAUGCAUAGAAAAUGUAUUGAAAAUGAAUAGUGUUUUGUGUUUUGCACUGAAUAUCACUUUCUUUGUGUGAAUUGAUUGUCAAAACACACAUUCAUUUGUAUUGUCGAUCACUUUGUGACCAAUUGUGUUGUCUGUCAAUACUUGUCGUCAGUUUUUGUUUGUCUUUUGUCAUUUGAUUAACAAUUGUCGCCAAAAUGAGUGACCGCGAGGAAUCAGUUGAACGCCAAGAGAACGGAUCCCAUCGGUCGCAUGAAUCUAAUCGAAGCCAAUCACCGCGUGCUUCGGAAUCGCCGCGACAGUCACGCAGUCGCUCGCGGUCUCCGAGACCAACAGCCAGAUCGCGAUCGCCGCGAAAAAAGUCGCGUUCAAGAAGUAGAUCCCAUUCACACCGUUAUAGUCGUCACAGAAGAGAUCACUCGAGAUCUCGUUCAAAAAGUCCGCGAUCUCGACGAUCUGGCCGCGACCGACGUUCAUCCGAUUACGAUCGUAAAUCUCGUCGCGAAGGUAGUUAUCACGACUCGAAAGACAAACGUGAUCACAGAGAUCACUCCCGUUCACCAAUGUCUUCACGACGCAGACAUGUUGGCAAUCGUGAGAACCCGCCAACUGGUACCUGUCUCGGCAUAUUUGGUUUGAGUAUAUAUACUCAAGAAAGGGAUCUAAAAGAAGUCUUCACAAAGUAUGGACCCAUAGAAGACGUACAGAUUGUUUAUGACGCACAAAGUGGUCGCUCUCGAGGCUUUGCGUUUGUCUAUUAUGAAGACAAAAAUGAUGCGGCAGUGGCCAAAGAUAGAUGUAAUGGCAUUGAAAUUGACGGACGAAAAAUACGAGUGGACUUCUCUAUUACCCAAAGAGCUCAUACGCCCACUCCUGGCAUUUAUAUGGGAAAACCCACUUAUGCUCCCCGUUAUAGAGGUGGUGGUGGAGGCGGUGGAGGAGGAGAUUUUCACCGCGGAGGUCGUGGAUAUGGUGGUGGUGGAGGAGGAGGCGGCGGCGGGGGAUACGAUAGAUAUGAACGAUCUGACAGAUCUGCUUCUCCUUAUUAUUCCCGACGAAAUCGAUACUCUCGUUCCCGAUCACAUUCUCCCCGUAAGUAUUCUCACUAUUAUUGAGAGAAUAAACCAAAAACCUACCGAAUAUUAUGAGACAAUUUGUUUUGAGUAAUAAUUAUGUGAUUUCAAGAAAUUUUUUGUCACACUAUUUGAAAUGAUGUAAUCUUUACGGUAAUUAUUUUUAGACAACCAUUUGUUACAUAACCAUAAUUAUAAUUAUUUAGUUGAUAUUCAAUAACUGCUUUAUUUAAGUCAUUGUUUAAUGUAAUAUCCAAUUGUAUUCAUUAUUAUUAUAUUGUAACCCUUAAUAUUAUAAUUAUUUCACAAUAACUAUUGUUUUAUAAAUCAUAACCACCUCUAUAUU